CAUGUUUGUGUUUUAUAGUGUGGAUCAGUGUGGAGAGAUCAGAAGUACAGCAGAACUACACAAAUAUGCCUGUGAUCUCACACUGGAUCCAAACACAGCAAACUCUUAUCUCAUUCUGUCUGAUGGGAACAGGAAGAUCACAUGUGUGGAAGAUCAUCAGCCGUAUCCUGAUCAUCCAGAGAGAUUUGAUGAUGUUAUUCAGGUUCUGUGUGGAGAGAGUCUGACUGGACGCUGUUACUGGGAGGUUGAAUGGAGUGGAUAUAUAUAUAUAUCAGUGACAUAUAAAGGAAUCAGCAGGAAAGGAUGCAGUAAAGACUGUGUGUUUGGAUACAAUGACAAAUCCUGGAGUCUGGACUGCACUGAUGAAAGAUUCUCUGUCUGUCACAAUAAGAACAACAUUGAUAUACCUGGGAUCCGUUCAUCCUCUAAGAGAGUAGGAGUGUAUGUGGACGUGUUGGCCGGCACUCUGUCCUUCUACAGCGUCUCUGACACGCACACACUCACACACUUACACACAUUCAACACCACAUUCACUGAACCCCUCUAUGCUGGAUUUACAGUUUAUCAUAACUCCUCAGUGUCUCUGUGUGACAUUAAACAACCUCCUGUGAGAAACAACAGUGGUACACACACAACCGGGUUCUCUGACUCCAAACCUUCUGGGCUCAAUAUUCACCCACUGCUGAACUGUCAGUCUUGUGUCCAUAUAGCUGAUUCUGAUCAGUGGGUUCAGAUUGAGCCGUCGGCCUGUACAGAUGAAGGAGGGUCAAAGUUCAGGGUCAGCACUGACCCAGGCCGUUACGAGUGUGUCAGGACCAGAAUGCGAUGGGUCUGUGACUGUGACGUCACCCUUCAGUACUGUACCGUAGACGGACACUUCCUCACCACAGAGCUGGAGAGGCUGCAGUGUAACCGGAUCGCUCCAGUGAUUGACGUGACGGUGAUCUCAGGGAAACUGGAGGAAGUUCAUCUGCCCCAUUACGCCUGUUUAGGAGAGUCUGACCCCUCUCUCAAAGAUGCUGUGAAAGUCCUCAGCGUAAAAGACGAGGGAAUAACCACAGAACCUGUGCAGUUGACCCGAUUCCAUGCCAAGAUUGUCCAACCAUCCUUCUCUCUUAAAACAUUAAUAAGUUUGCGUAGAGCGCGAGUGUACAAACACUGUGAUCUUCUUCUCUACAUGUGUUCUAAAGCUCCUCUCAUUCUACACGUCUACUUUUUUCCAUUUGAUGAUUGUGCAAAAGAAAAAGUUGAGAAGGAUGAAAAAACAAGUUGUCUAAUCCCGCAUCCCAGACCUGACAGGCCAUUUCGGAUGAAAACGCUGCAUAGUCUUGACGUUCCUGGUGCCUCU